AUGAGCAACCAGGUUCCAGCUGAGACAGUCAAGAAAAUCGAGGAGGGAUUUGCGAAACUCCAAGCCGCCGCUGAUUGCAAAUCGCUUCUCAAGAAACAUUUGACGAAGGAGGUCGUCGACAAGAACAAGACGAAAAAGACGCGCCUCGGUGCCACACUUCUCGACGUCAUCCAGUCGGGCGUUGAGAAUUUGGAUUCCGGCGUCGGCGUGUACGCGCCGGACGCCGAAGCCUACACACUGUUCGCCGAUCUCUUCAAUCCAGUCAUCCAGGAGUACCACAAUGGAUUCAAAGCGACCGACACUCAGCCGCCAAUGGAUUUGGGCGAGAAGAAUGUCGGCGAGCUUGUCGAUCUUGACCCAGAAGGCAAAUUCAUCGUGUCGACUAGAAUCCGGUGCGGACGCUCACUUCAAGGAUAUCCUUUCAAUCCGUGCCUCAGCGAGGUUAACUACAAGAACAUGGAGGCUCGCAUGAAGGAAAUUUUCGGUGGCAUCACCGAUCCGGAAUUGAAGGGCACCUACUAUCCGCUCACCGGAAUGAGCGAUGAGGUGAAGAAUCAGCUCAUUGCUGAUCACUUCUUGUUCAAAGAAGGCGAUCGAUUCUUGAAGGCGGCAAAUGCCAACAGAUUCUGGCCAACGGGUCGCGGAAUCUUCCACAACGAGAAAAAGACAUUCCUUGUGUGGGUCAACGAGGAGGACCAUCUUCGCAUCAUUUCAAUGCAGAAUGGUGGAAAUGUCGGCGAGGUUCUCGCGCGCCUCAUCAAAGGCCUCGGCAUCGUUGCCGCCAAAAUGCCGUUCGCCCGGCACCCACGUCUCGGCUGGCUCACCUUCUGUCCGACCAAUUUGGGAACCACCGUGCGCGCGUCGGUUCACAUCAAACUCCCGAAAAUCUCGGCCAAGGAUGAUUUCAAGAAGAUUUGCGACGAGAUGAAACUUCAGAUUCGCGGAAUUCACGGCGAACACUCUGAAUCCAAGGAAGGCAUUUAUGACAUCUCGAACAAGCAGCGUCUCGGCCUCACCGAAUAUCAAGCGGUCCGGCAAAUGUACGACGGCGUUAAGAAGCUUAUCGAGCUCGAGAAGGCUGCAGCUUAA